AUGGUCAACAACAAAAAGCUAAAAGGCAAGCACCGCCAACAAAAAACGACGAACCUCUUCGUGCCGCCGGCCGCGCCGAAGCAGCCCGUGCCCAAAAAGUACGGCCUCGACUACUCGCGCUUCGACGUCGACAGCGACGACUCCGACGUUGAGCGCCAGGCGCUCGCCGCGCCCGAAACAUUGAGGAGGGGCCGCGCGCCGCCGCCGGACCCGAAGGCCGUCCGCGAUUUGGAACGCGAGCUCGGCGCCCACGUGUCGUCGCUCUCCGCGGCCGAGGCGUUGAGUGCUGCCCGAGCCGCGGAGAAGGAGAUGGACAAGCUCCGGCGCCAGCUCCAAAUGACGGCCAAGGUGUCGACGAAGAAGGCGUCGCAGCGCGAGACCGCCGCGCGCCGCGCCAUCGCCGAGGCCCGGGCCGAGCUCGAGGCGGCGCAGCGCGAGGCGGCCGACGCGCGGGCCAAAGCUAUGGAAGCGGCCGAGAGCGUCUCGAAACGCAGUAGUGACGUCGAGGCGGCCCAGCGCCGAGCUAAAGAACUGGGCGAGAAGUGCAAGGCGGCGACGGCGGCCAUCGACCCCGAGCAGCUGCAGGCGGGGCUCGCCCCGGACGCGCCUUCCGUGCAACCUGAAAAGGAGGUUUCGUAUGACGGCACGAUCGACGUCACCUCAACAAGGUUCGCGGGCCGCGAGGUCGCUCUGACCAUAUCGCUCGACCCGCUCCCGGACGAGGACGCGGGGUUCGUGGUCACGCUGCGGGACGCGGCGUUUCUGGACGAGGAGCCGCUCGCGUCGGAGUACGUGGAAGAGGACCUCAAAAUAUCGCUCUCCGAGGCCACGGCUGCCUGCGCGCACUACAGGCGCCAGGGCGACAAGCGCGCGGCGACGCGGUCGACGUGUCCCUCCCCGACGGUCCUGAGCUGCCGCCUCGAGACGCGGGCCGGUACGAUGCUCUGCGAGGCGCCGCGCGUCGUCCGCGUCGACUGGGCCGCGAAGGAAGCGGCCGUCUGGGCCGCGCCGUCCAUUUCCGCCGCGCCGCCGCCGCCCGCGGCCCCGAAGGCGCCUCCAGCUGCCGCGUCGGCCACCGUCGCGCCGCCGCCUCCCCCGAAGGCCGCGGCGGCCGUCGGCGGCUUCGCUUCCAAAGCGACCCGCCAGGCCCUGGCCCGCGCCGCGCCGCCCGCGGCGCCGCCUGUCGCCGCGCCUGUGCCUCCGCCAACGCCGCCGAAGCCGGCCGACCCACCGACGCCGCCCGCGCCGGCCGCCGCGCCGACAACAACAAAAACCAAAGAGCCCUAUACCUUCGCCGGCGGCCGCGUCGAGCACCUGCCCGGCAUCCGGACCUUCGUGCUCACGCUGCCCGACGGCCGCGGCGAGCUGAGCGUGGACGGCGACCGCGUCGAGCUCGCCUCGCCGACCACGCGCGAGACGCUGCGCCUGCCCGCGCAGUUGGAACCAAACAAAUGUCAGGCGUCCAAGGUCAAACAGGACGGCGCGAAAUUCCUACGCGUGCGCCUGCCGUAUUCUAGAUUGAGACGGCUCGCCCCCGGCGCGCGCGACGCCGAGGCCGCCACGGUUAUUUUUGAGGACCACGGCACAAUUACAGAACCGCCGGCGGCACCGGCCUGUAGGGCCUGCUCCGCGCCACUAGCCCCGCGCCGCGAGGCGACCGCGCGCGUCCGCGACGGCGACCUCGAGCCCGACGAGGUCGCCGCGGCGCUGUCCUGCGACACGGCCCAGCCCGUCCUGCAGAGCGCGGCGACCGUACCUAUUGAUGGAGAACGCUUCGUCGGGCGCUGCUCGAUCCGGCUCUGCGGCGCGGACACGUCGCUCCUAAAAAUCGGCGCGAAGACGCUCGAGGCGCCGCGGGGCUGCCACCAGCAGUGCGGCGGGCGGCUGGCGCGGCGGCUGGCGUGCCAGGCGUGUGGUACUCAUGUUGGGUAUGUUUUCGGCGGCGCCGACGCGGCGUUGUACCGCCACCGGCUUUUGGAUGAUGAUGCGUCAGCUACUGCGUUCGUCGCGUCCCUGCUCGCGCGGGAGGCCUCGGCGUCGAACGCGACGGCGUUUCGGUUAGUUUCCGGUCCUCAGUCGCUCGGCGUGCGCGUGCUGGCGACGGGCGGCCACGCGGCGGCGCUGGGCGCCGCGGCACCAGGUUCCGUCGUCGCGCUCGCGUCCACGCUCUCGUGCUCCUUCCGCCGGGACGUGGCGCCCGCGAGCACGUUGCUCGACGUGGCGCUGGAGGCCGACGAGCUCGAGGCCGUGGCCGCCGAGCUCGAGGCGGCGAAGAGCGGCGCGGCCGACGGCGCCUGGGCCCUGGCGACGUGGGCGCCGGCCGGCUUCGCGGACGCGGUCGGGGGGUUUUAA